UUUUCAUUUUAACUAUACCUUUUAACAGCUUUCAAUUCACACAUAAUUUUCACAUUUACAAGUUUUUUAAAAUUCAAAUUCAAUAGUAGAAAUGUCUGCCGCCGGUACCAGUACAUUAAAUAACGUCCGCAAGCUCAUGCAGCACGUCGUCGAGCGCAAGGGCUUUGAUGCCUAUUGCUUUGAAAACAUGAAGCUUCUUUCGGCCGAUAUCGGGCGAGUGCGUGGCGAGAUCCCAAUCACCAAGGGUUAUCUGAACGCCAUUGGAGGCACACACGGUGGAUGGCUCUCGACACUGGUCGACGUCGGCGGCUCCUUGGCCAUUGCAUCUCACGGAUUCCCGACACUGGCGUUGUCAUUCUUGGCUGCAUCUGGCGAAGGCAGCACUAUGGGGCGCACGCUGGCAUACACCAGGGUAGACAUCUUUAGCAACGACAAGAUGAUUGCUACUGGUAGUCAUACAAAGUUUGUGGCCAAGGAGACAGCAGUUGCCGCUGGAUCUGUCAAGAAAGCUGGCGAGUAAGAAUGCAAUACUUUUUAAGGUGUACAUGCCCUAACGUUGGCAUCAGCGGUCAAUGCAUAUAUUUGAAAUAGUUCAAGACUAGAGACGUAAAAUAGAUAAUAAUGGACAAGU